GGGAGCACGUGGUAGGAAGACAAGAGUCCAGCCUUCUACGGCAAGUCGAAGGUAGCAAGAUGGCCGCAGCAGAGGAAGAGAGUCCUUCCAGCGCGGACCCGGAGAUGGACGAGCUUUUGGAAAGUGCCCUUGAUGAUUUCGAUAAAGCCAAACCCACCCCAGCAUCCCCUCCUACCACCACAGCCCCUGAUGCUUCUGGUUCUCCGAAGAGAUCGCCUGCAGAUACAGCUAAAGAUGCCCUCUUUGCUUCCCAAGAAUUUUUCCAAGAACUAUUUGACAGUGAGCUAGCAUGCCAAGCCACUGCAGAGUUUGAGAAAGCAAUGAAGGAGCUGGCUGAAGAGGAACCCCACCUGGUGGAGCAGUUCCAGAAACUCUCAGAGGCUGCAGGGAGAGUGGGCAGUGAUACAACAUCCCAACAAGAGUUUGCUUCCUGUCUUAAGGAGACACUCAGUGGACUAGCAAAGAAUGCCACAGACCUUCAGAACUCCGGCAUGUCUGAAGAGGAGCUGACCAAGGCCAUGGAGGGACUGGGCAUAGAAGAAGGGGAAGGAGAAGGCAAUAUACUCCCCAUUAUGCAGAGCAUCAUGCAGAACCUACUCUCUAAGGAUGUACUAUAUCCAUCUCUAAAAGAGAUCACAGAGAAAUACCCGGAAUGGUUGCAAAGCCACCGAGAAGUACUGCCUCCAGAACAAUUUGAGAAGUACCAGGAACAGCACAAUGUCAUGGGCAAGAUCUGUGAGCAGUUUGAAAAGGAGACAGCUGCAGACAGUGAGGCCACACAGAAGGCCCGCUUUGAGAUGGUGCUAGAUCUCAUGCAGCAGCUUCAGGAUUUGGGCCAUCCUCCAAAAGAGCUUGCAGGGGAAACACCCCCUGGCUUCAACUUUGACCUUGACACCUUGAAUCUGUCGGGCCCUGCAAGUGCCAGUGGCGAGCAGUGUCUGAUCAUGUGAAAUUCUUCACCCAUCCCCAGCCUUGAGUGAACACCUGAAGUCAGCAGAGUCAUCUGGGGCUGGGAGGGGUGGUGAUCCUGUGGAGGAACUGCCUGUCUGUCCCAUUUGCCUCUUGCCCUCUUCCCCUUCCCAAGCUCCUACCCCAAAAUUACUCUGCACCAGCAUGGGUCCCUCUGUAGCCACUGAGACUAUUGUUUCGGGGAAUGGGACCUGUAAUUUAAGUUGUUCUUCCUGAGUCUUCUACCUACUCCCUCUCCCCCAUCCUUUUCUCUGCUGCUAGUGAGGUGCCUAUCUCUACCUGCUUAAGGUUUAGGAGAGUAUCAUUUAUGGACCAUGUCUUCCCCUUCCCCCAAAGAUGGGGUGUAUGUCUGUGUCUGUGUAUGUGUGUGUACAAACCUGCAUUGAAGCUUUCCUCUCUGACUGCCAGGGUCUAUGUGCCUUGUUCCCUAUUCCUUCUGGGGUCUGGGUGCUGUGCCAGUUCUGGGAAUGGGGCUAGGGGAGAUCCUUGGCUUUGAACACCUAUCCUUCAUUAUUUGAUUCUCAGGGCAGAGAAGAAAUGUUAGUGUUGGAAUUAGAGAAGGGAUAGUUGACAUAUUCUGGCAAGAAUAGGUCUUUUUUGACCUUUGCCAGCCAUGCCCUUUCCCUGAGGUGCAUGUAUACUUUGUUGUACCUUUUGAGGAAAAGAGGUGGGAGCUCCGAGUUCAAUUCUAAGAUACUAGAUUCUUCUGAUACUGGUCCAAACUGAGAAGCCAAAUGUUAUCCUGUGUGUCCCAAUGCUGUUUCUUGUGCCUCCCUUUUCCCUUUCCCACUUGUCUCAGCUCUCUACCUUCCUUCGCCUGUGACUGAGAGGACCCCCAUUUCCCCCUUCUUAUUCAGCACUACAGCUGAUUCCCUGGCAAAUACAGAGUUGUAAAGGGCAGAGUCUGUUUCUCUCCUUAGCUGUUUUAUGGCAGUUUUGAGACUUCUUAUCCCCUUAAUAUCCCAAACCUUGAUUCAUGGCAGUGGCUUGGGAGAGGGCUGGCAGUUUGUCCUCCCCCAACCCUUCCUAGUCCCCUAAUAAACAUCUUGAGUUAGGUUGUUGGGAGUUCGGCCUGUUUCUUGUUUGGCAUCAGCUUCUACAGGCCAAAGGUAGAGUGGGGGUGAAUCCUUAUAAAAGCUUGAUCCCAAACCACCUGUUUAGAGGUUUGACAGUAGUUUCCCUCACUUCCCACCCAGUUCAGGCCUAGAUAUCUGCCUGUCAGAGAUUUCAGCCAAAAGUUUUGCAGUUUCUAAAGUUGUUUUACUGAUUCAUCCUGCUUAAUAUUUCAAACGUUAUUUAAUGUUAAUUUAUUUCACUUAGCUGCUGUUUCUUUUCCCCAGCCCUAGAUCUGAGAGCCAUUGAUAUUGUGGGGCUUCUUGUUUACUUUAUAAUGUAAGCACUAUGUUAGAUCAACUCUCCUGGAUUAAGUGUUAUGAAGAUAUCUGAUAUCAAGGUGAAUUCAGGCUUGGUUUAAAGUCAAGUACAGCACACUAAAAUAUGGGAAUUUUUAGGCACCUCUGAACUUACUGUGUGAUAUGGUAGCCAAAAAUAUCCCCAAAAUAUUUUUCUGUUGCAGUGCUAGAAAAGUCCAGAAUAAAAAAAACGUAUAGUGCUAAUUAUAUUGAUUUAAGUGCUUAUGUCUUAUGGAAAUAUAAAAAGGAAACAGUCCUUGCUUUCAAUAAGCUUAUAUUUCCUCUUAGGGGUGGCAGCACAACUUCAGUGUUGUACUUAGUUCUAAGCACUCAUAGGAUGUGUUGACAAGUUGGCUUAGGUUUGAGGGAAGAUGACCAGGAUGCUGAGGAGGCUUAAGACCACUUCAGAUGGGGAGGGAAAGGAAGUGGCUUUGUAAGUGAAAAAUUUCCCUCCUGCCAUCUACUUUCCUGGUACUGGCUACCACUAACAAGAAACUCAAGCUGUCCUACCCAUUUUUGUUCCUAAACCCCAUUCCCCAAGAUUUUUGGUCUAUUGGGUGGAGAUUCAUGCCAACAAUAUAAACUAGUUCACUGUAGCAGAGGGCUAUGGCAGAUAGUCUUGUUUCCUCUAUUGAGUCGUCUUCCUUGAUAGAGCAUUGCCUACAGUCCAUCUCCACUAUGGGGGACAGUGAGGUACACUAGAAAUAUCACUGGGGUUAAAACUCAUGAGACCUGAAUUUGAAUCCUACCUCUCCCACUAAAUGUGACCAUGCGCAGGUCAUUUAAUUUCUGGGACUCAGUUUCUUGAUCUGUAAAGGGGGCUGUACAUUAGUCCCCAAUGCUCUUCUAACAUCAAUAACUGUCUAAGCAUAUAGUAUGGGCACUCAAUAAAUGCUUGUUAAAUUGA